AUAUCCUCACCUCCAAACAAAGGGUUGAGCAUCAUGACUACUAUUAACUGGGGAAUUCUAGGAGCUGGAAACAUUUCUGGCCAAUUCGCCCAUGACCUCGUAUUGAACAACUCUGAAAAGAAGGAAAUUGUGCACAUCAUUGCAUCAAUUGGAUGCUCGUCUACCACAAAAGGAGAAUCUUUUAUCAAAGACAAUAUGAUCAGCAAAGAAAAUAAUGGAGGAAUUGCAGCAGUAGUUCAAAACUAUGAUGAUUUCUAUAAGAACAAAGACAUUGAUGUGGUUUAUAUUGGAACUCCACACAUUUUCCAUAAAGAACAAGUACUUAAGUGUUUGGAAAACGGCUUGCACGUCCUAUGUGAGAAGCCCAUGAACAUCAACGCCAAAGAGUCCAGAGAACUACAAGAGGCUGCCAAGAAGAAUAACUUGUUUUUGAUGGAGGCUGUUUGGACUAGAUUCCUACCAAUUGUCAAUGAUAUCAGACAUAAGGUUUUUGAUCAGAUACUCAUUGGGGAUGUGUACCGGUUAAUGGUUGAUUUCUCGUACGACGCUAAAUUGGAAACAUGCCCACCCGGUUCGAGAAUCAGAGACAAGAACUUGGGUGCCGGUGCCUUGUUAGACAUUGGUAUUUACUGUAUUACCUACGCUAGGCUCUUUUUGGAUCAGAAACUUGGUAAGGAGCACACACCAUUCGAUCUUAAGUCGAUGGUGACUGUGGAUCCUAAGGAUGAGGUUGACUACAACACUUCAAUAUUGAUGAAAUAUUCCACCGGUAAGCAAGCCAUUUUAACUUGCACCAACUAUAUCGACACCCCUAUGCCAUUUGCGAGACUCGAAGGUACGAAAGGGUAUAUCGAACUUUUCGCAGAGAAUCCUGCUAGACUCAGACUGUACAAAGUACACCUCAAAGCUGGUGAAAGUUAUGAAGUUAAAGACGAUCUGGAAUAUUUAGGUUUCAUUUACGAAGCCGACGCGGUUGCAAAAGACAUUAAAGCUGGCAAGACUGAAAACGCAGUCAUGCCAUUUGACGAAACUUUGUUAGUUAUGGACACUAUGGAUCAAGUUAGACUGGAUAACGGGUUCAGCUAUCCAAUGGAUUAGAGAAAGCAGUUUAGUAUCCAAUAGAAUAUUUUUGUAAAAUAAGGGAUGGCGACAAAACAGGCUCACGGUCUUCGCUCUUGUUCAAUCCGUCUGAAGCAUGUAUACCAACAUCAUGACAAACUCUCAGUAAACUUUAAUAUAGGGGUAACCCCUUGGUGGCGAAGGCGGUGGCGACGCACUAGACUUAGUUCAUCCCGAAACCGUUUAAGGAGCAUUAUUUAUGGAGUUGUGAAGAAACAACUGCUGCUUGUAGUAAUCUCCGGGUCUAAAAGUCUGCAUAAUAAGCCCCGGUAUUACU